CCUCGCUGAGCGGAGCGCGGGCACGGCAGGAGACGCUCCCAGCCCCCGGCAAAUGGCCCUUCGGAGCGCAGCGCAGCCCCGGGCCCGCAGACCGUCCGUCCCCCGCCUCGCGAAGUGAUGGGCAACACGGCGCACAAGAGUCUGCCAGAUGCAAGUCACCAGGCUCGCUCUGUGUCCAGCAGACCUUACUACACGUUGCCCAACAGCAGCCAUGGAAGUCGCUCUGUCCUCACCAUUGCGGAGCCCCCGCGUUUCCACUCCCAAGCCAAGGGCAAAAACGUCCGUCUGGAUGCCCACUCCCGCAAGGCCACCCGGAGGAAUAGCUUCUGCAAUGGAGUCACUUUCACCAACCGGCCCAUCCACCUCUAUGAGAAGGUGCGGCUUAAGCUGGUGGCCGUGCACCAUGGGUGGAGCGGGGCACUUCGCUUUGGCUUCACCAUCCACGAUCCAUCACAGAUGAGCUCUGAUGACAUACCAAAGUAUGCCUGCCCCGACUUGGUGACUCGACCUGGAUUCUGGGCUAAAGCUUUGCCAGAGAGGUUCGCACUGAGGGACAAUAUCCUUGGAUUCUGGGUCGAUCGCCAUGGGAGAGUCUUCUAUAGUAUUAACGAUGAGGAGCCAAUAUUGUUUCACUGUGGCAUUAAGGUCUCUGGGCCUCUCUGGGGGCUGAUAGAUGUCUAUGGAAUUACCCAUGAAGUGCAAAUCCUAGAUAGCAUGUUUGCAGAGACCAUGACCUCCACCCACCUCAGUAGUGCACGAUUGAGCACUUGCCUUCCUCAGAGCAGUCAUGAUUCCGCCAACUUCAAUAACAAUGAACUGGAGAACAACCAAGUGGUGGCCAAAAUUGCUAACCUAAAUUUGAGUCGGGUGCCGGGGCUUUCGAUGGAUAACCACAUAAUCCCCUGUUGCCCAAACAGACGGCAGCGUGCCCAGGGUGUGCCUGCCUUUCUGGAUACGGAUCUGCAUUUCCACCCCACCCGUGGGCCUGAUGUUACCUUUUCUCAGGACCGCAUGGUGGCGUGCACCAAUUGGCAAGAAAGCAAUAGGACUUUGGUGUUUUCUGACCGGCCUUUGCACAUUGGUGAAAGCCUCUUUGUGGAAAUAGGACUCCUAGGGUUGCCAUAUCAUGGGGCCCUUUCGUUUGGCAUCACUUCUUGUGAUCCAGGUACUUUACGGACAAAUGAGCUCCCAGCAGAUCCGGACUUUCUCUUGGACCGCAAGGAGUACUGGGUGGUUUACCGAGCAUUCCCAGUCUUCAGCAGCGGCGACAUCCUCAGCUUCAUGGUCUUGCCAAAUGGAGAAGUGCACCAUGGGAUGAACGGAGUCAGCCGAGGGAUGCUGAUGUGCGUGGACACCUCACAGUCUCUCUGGGUGUUUUUCACAAUUCAUGGAGUAAUCAACCAGCUCAAAAUAUUAGGCACUGUCCAGUCCAGUCCUGGAACUGUCUCUCCCUCAGGAUCCCCUGGAGGCUCACAGUAUGACAGUGACUCCGAUAUGGCCUUCAGCGUGAAUAGGUCCUCGUCUGCUUCAGAGUCAUCACUAGUGACUGCUCCAAGUUCCCCUCUGAGCCCCCCAGUCUCUCCCAUCUUUCCCCCUCCAGAGGCCUCGAGCAGCAAGAAUGGGGAGUGCACUGUCUGCUUCGACAGUGAAGUGGACACUGUGAUCUACACCUGCGGACACAUGUGCCUGUGCAACACCUGUGGUCUUAAGCUGAAGAAGCAACUCAAUGCCUGCUGCCCAAUCUGCCGACGAGUCAUCAAAGAUGUUAUUAAAAUAUACCGCCCUUGAUCUCGCUCUCCCUCAGCGUGGGAGGAAGGAACUCUGCUAGCAGUAACCAUGCCUUUCCGUCCCUGCUUAUGGGUUAUCAUGCUGGUUGGUCGUACCAAGUGGCUCAUUGUGUGUGUUUCCAUAUUUGACUGGUAGAACAAAUCAGGGAUAUAACUGAGCUGAGGAACUCUCUGGUCUGAAGCUAAGGCUUCCAAGUAGGCAGGGCUUCAAAAUGAUGCUGCUCUAUAAAGCCAGCCAGCAAAUUGCUGGUGUGGGCCCAUUCCAACUGCAAAAGAGAAAUUUCUUGUGCAAUGGCUUUUUUUUUUUUUUUUUUUUUUUUUGGAAGGUGUGCUGGUGCGGGGAGGGAGUUUAUUAAUCUUUGUGGUGUCACUUGGGUCAGGAGCUCCCGCUUUCACACCCAGGGAGUGAAAACUUAAACUGCCACUGGGGCUAGUGCUUGUUAAGGCAGCACCAUGUGAUGGAACAGAGUCAGAAUCAGCCCUAGAAGAGUAGCUAAAGGUGAAACUGAAUGCUUUUUAUAUCGUAAAAAGAAUAAAAAUAUUUAAUUCCAAGUCGGGGACUAAAUAUAGGUGUAGGCUACAAAUUACACUUCAGUACAAAGUAGUUUAGAAAUCAGAUCCUCAUUUCCUUACCCAAGAUCUGAACUCUCUAGUGUCAACAACUGUACCAGAAUAACGAGUGUCCAGAGAUGUCUGUGUUGUCACUGGCUCGUGCAGUGGGAACACAGAACCCUGAGUUUGUGUAUAUGUAAAGCAGCUUUUGCAUUCACCUUCUUAAAGGAAUUGGGAGGGGAAUGCAGGAAGGAGACUAAGUGCAUAUUAGGUGCAAAGCAUCCAAUUUCUUAAGACUCAAUAUAGCAGUAGAUUAUCUGAAGCCAGACCUUGGUACUAGCAAGGGGAAGAACUAAUACAAUCUAUUUUGGAUCCUCAUACAGCCAAAGCAACUGUUGUAAUUUAGUUAAUAGGCCUUUUAAUGUAUUUACUGGAGUUAUUUUCAUAGUAGUCUGUUACCACCUGGCCUUCGAUCACAGACGCAGCUACAUUAUCUCAGCCUAGAGCAAAGGAAAUGAGCAGGUAGCUAGUCUGCACAGGAGGGAGAGAAAUCUUUAAUAUUCUUGUAAUUGUAAAAUGCUGAAUGUAAAAUAGAUUGCAUUGCUUUUCCCCAUAGAACAGUAUCUUCAUGGGUCAUCUAACAGCUGCUAAGCACUCAGUCAUUUGUGACUUAAAUCCCUUUUAAUCCCUUCUUUGCAGCCUGCACCUGAGCAUGGUACUUACAUCUUUCCCCCCGGUAGUAAAAUGUCUUACAGAAACCUCAUGGAGCUGAAGUCACUAGCUUACAGCCUCCACUGCAUUUAUUGUACCCAAGCCUCUCUGAGCAGUGGCAGAAAGGUUAUACUCUCACCAGAGAGGCUGACAGUGGCAACGUUCAGUAUUUCGAAGUUCCAGAAAGUUUCCUUUUUGUCCUUAAAAAGUGUUGCGUAAAAGUAAAAUUUAAUUUGCAUUCUCCUCUGCUCAAGGUUUUAUCCCCAAAGCAUGCAACGGCCUAGGAUGGCUCUGCCCUGGCAGGAAAUCCUGUUACUUUAGUGAGCAGUUCAGGGCAUCUAAUGGAAAUUAACAAGCAUCCCACUUGGCAUUACCGCCUGAAAACAGGAUUGAAGGCUAUUAUUAGAUGCUGGGAUUUAAAAGGUAAAUGGAUUUUAGACAGCUAUAAACUAUGGAAUUCUGCCUGGGCUGUAAAACCCACUACUACAAUGAACUGAGGUGAGGUAGAUGUAGCUGUACUUACUUCGUGUUGGCUCUGUCUUUUGUACCCCAGAAUGGACACAUCAGUAUGCCCACCUCUUCUUUCCCUCAGUCAGCUCAUAGAAAAAGCCUGGAGGUGACUUUUUUACUCAGCCCCGUGCUAGUAGCAGCCAAGCUCAUGUACACACGGAAGCGAUCAUGAUGGCCGAGGUGGAAAUGAGGCAUGUCUGAUCCCAUCAUAGUGAUCAUUUACAGCCCUGUGUGUAACACAUGCAUCUCUCCUGAGAAAGCAGCUAUCUAUCUAGAAAUGAAAACCAAACAGUCACAUGCACCACAGGGCUAGAGUAGCUUAACCACGCAAAGCUAUUUGAGGUCAUUUCUUUCUUGGGGUCUCUUCCUCUGGCCCUGGGCCCUCUGGCCUCAUUUCAUUCCAUCUCCAUUUGGUUGCGCUCAGUCUUUGGCUGUUCUUGACCUGGAUGCUUUAACUGUAGCGCUUCACAGUUGAGUGGCAUCAGCAAACUUGCUUUGAUCUGCCCAGCUCCUGCUUUGGAAGCUGGGGGUGGAAUAACAGAGCUCAAAUGGAGACAGAUUAUUGUUACCUGUUAGAUAAUGAGAAAUGCUUCAAAGGGAUCAAAGUGUCCUCCCUCCCCUUUGGGUUUUUUCCUGAUGUGCAGCUGUUGAAGCAGCUAAACACGGGGAAGGGGAAAACUGUCUUUUCUUGAAGAAUAUUAGAGUAGCUGCUGCAGCCUUAGCUCAGAUCUCAUGCACUGCAUUUCCAUACUAGCACCCUGGCUGGCCAAAUUUGAGAUUUCUGAAGAGGAUUCAUUAGGUGGAUGCGGACUGCUUGGGGUCUCACCAUGCUGCACAAUAAAUGUAACAAAGCAAAUGACAUCCCUUAAACUAUCAACCAAGUGCAAAACUCCAGGUACAGCUUAAAGACAGGAGCAGGUCUAGAUGUGGUGUAAACCAUCAUAGCUCUGGAGGGACUGAGCU